AUGGCAGACAGAAUAUGGCAGCACUACUCCCUCUCUCCCUCUGGAACUGCUCGCCAUGAUUACGUCUCUGCUAGAUUCAGAACACUCAAGGCUCUGAUGCUAACCAAGCGGACACUAUGCGCCUUCGCAAGCAGCUAUGUAUUCUGCAUUAUCUCAUUGUACGACGAGAAUGAAAGCUGCGAGGCCUUCAAGUCCAUCAUGCACACACGGGUGGAAGAGCACGUGCGCAAGCUCUACCUCAACACUCGGACUAUUUGA